ACCCGGGACCCGCGGUCCCCCGCGCGGCCAGGACUUCCCAGCUUGCGGGCGACCGGGGACGCGGAGCUGCUCAAGAUGAGGAGGAGAGCCCGGCUGGGGCGGAGCGGCCGCGUCCUGCGGCUCUGAGCGCCCACCCACCGCGGCCGCCGGGACUUCCCGGACCCACCUGGGGCGUCGGCUAUGAGUGCGCGGUGACGAGGCGACCUUGGGAGUCGUGGACCUGAGACUUCGGCAGGUGAUGCUGGCUCGGUUUUGAGUGGCUUGGGGAGACUGAAGAAACCCCAAAAUGGAGGACUUUUCUACUAGGACCUACGGCACCAGUGGCCUGGACAACAGACCUUUGUUCGGAGAGACGUCGGCCAAGGAUCGAAUCAUCAAUUUAGUUGUUGGCAGCUUAACAUCCUUAUUGAUUCUAGUAACGCUGAUCAGUGCUUUUGUUUUCCCUCAACUACCUCCAAAACCACUGAAUAUAUUUUUUGCUGUCUGCAUCUCUUUGAUUAGUAUUACCGCCUGCAUACUUAUCUACUGGUAUCGACAAGGAGACUUAGAACCGAAAUUUAGAAAUCUAAUUUACUAUAUUUUAUUUUCUAUCAUCAUGUUAUGUAUAUGUGCGAACCUGUACUUCCAUGACGUGGGAAAGUGAGGCUGCCAAGGAGAAAUACUUAGCAGGUCUCUUCAGAGCUAUAUCUUAGGACUGCGAAGAAGAGCUGGCUAAGGUAUGCUGAAGAAUCGCCUGCAGACGUCUGAUCCAUGAUUUUCAUGUUAAUUGUAAAUCUAAAUUCCCUCUUACAGGGGAGACAUAUCGUAGAUCACUUUGCUUUUUCUUUAAGGAGCUGAUGUUGCACUUAAACAUUCCAACCCUUAAAGCUCAAACAGCACAAGUAAUUUCCACUUUUGAAAUUAAAAUUUUUUAUAAUGUAAUUGUAUGGCGAAAGGCUAUGUAACAAACAAUCUUGUAUUUUAAGACAAAUAUUCUUUUAUUUCUGUUAAACUGAAUAUACAGUUAUUGUUCCCUAGGCAACCAACUUUUGCUUACAACUACAAUUUAAUUUCACGUUAACAAAACACAGAUGGUGAAAAGACAACUUUGAUUGUGAAGAUCUAAUUACAAUAAUAAAUAAAAUAAUUUAUACAA